GGUGACGGACGGCGCCUCCCGCCCCGCGCCACAGCCAGCCGCGACCCUGCGCGAUGCUCAGGUCUCUCGCCCAAUCCCCUCCCGGCCCCGGUCCCAAGGGCGACUCGGUCCCCGCGCCGGUGUCCUCGUCCUCCGGGGCCGUGUCCGCCCCGAAGCGGCUGAAGGUCUGAGGACGAGCUGAGGAGCUCGCAUGGAAGCCCCGGUCUGACACCAGCCAAUUCCGGGGACACCCAUGGCCAAGUGGCUCCGGGACUAUCUGAGCUUUGGCGGCCGGAAGCCUCCGCCGCAGCCGCCCACUCCCGACUACACAGAGAGCGAUAUCCUUCGGGCUUACCGGGAGCAGAAGGACCUGGACUUCGAGGAUCCCUACGAGGACGCCGAUGGCCGCCCCGAGUCCGAGCCCGCAGGGCCGGUGGACUCCAAGUACGACUCUCCCAGGCACCGGCUGAUCAAAGUGGAGGCUGCAGACAUGGCCAGAGCCAAGGCCCUCCUGGGCAGCCCUGGGGAGGAGCCCGAAGCAGAUGCUGAGUACGCAGAUCCUUUUGACGCCCAGCCUCCGCUGCCAGGUCUGGAUGAUGGGUACAUGGAGCCCUAUGAUUCCCAGACGGGCUCGAGUGAACGGCCAAGCAGAGCUGUCCAGCUUUACGAUACUCCGUAUGAGGAUCAAGAUGCAGAGCCGGAAGAUGGAGCGACUUCUGGCCAGAGUCGUCUGCCCCUAGAGGAUGAGAGGCCAGCGGAUGAGUAUGACCAGCCUUGGGAGUGGAAGAAAGAUCAUAUCUCCAGGGCCUUCGCAGUACAGUUUGAUGGUCCUGACUGGGAGCGAACCCCAGGCUCGACCAAGGACGGCCGGAGACCGCAGCCUGCGGAGCGUGUGGAUGCGGCUCUGGCCCUGGAGAAGCAGCCGUGGUUUCAUGGCCCCCUGAGCCGUGCAGAGGCCGAGAACCUUUUGUCCCUCUGCAAGGAAGGCAGCUACCUAGUGCGGCUCAGUGAGACCAGGGCUCAGGACUGCAUCCUGUCCCUCAGGAGCAGUCAGGGUUCCAUGCACCUGAAGUUCGCGCGGACCCGGGAGAACCAGGUGGUGCUGGGCCAGCACAGCGGGCCCUUCCCCAGCGUGCCCGAGCUGGUCCUGCAUUACAGUGCCCGACCGCUGCCUGUGCAGGGCGCAGAGCACCUGGCGCUACUCUACCCUGUCACCGGCAGCCAGAGCCCCUGAGGGACCCUGCACACUGGCUCCAGGCCAGAGAGGGGACGAGGGACCCAUGACAGAGAGAGAGAGAGAGAGAGAGAGAGAGAGAGAGAGAGAGAGAGAGAGAGAGAGAGAGAGAGA